AUGCCCCUGUCCGUCAGUCAGGGAUUAAUGAAACCACUAAGAAAUACCUCAGCGAAACCUGAUCCUUUGAAGAGGAGGACAACGGCAUGCAUGGCAGUUCCUCCUCCGGAGAUUCACUCUAAAACCUUCCCUCUCACCCUGAAACUACGAACCACACCACCAGACUGGUAUCAUAAACCACGUAAAUCGCCACCAUUAACCGAAUCUCUCCCCGCACCCACAGGUCCAUACUUCUUCUAUGGCACAUUAACUGACCCGUACCUGGUCUCGGAGAUCCUGGGAUUAGAUCACGAACCUGCCUUCCGCCCGGCUUAUAUUGUUGGCUACAAAUGCAAACUAUGGGGUCAGUAUCCUGCUCUCCUCGAUGCCGCGCCUGACUCGAUUGUCAAAGGGGCAGUUUAUCAUGUUUCCACAGCUGAGGACGCGAAGAAACCGGCUGCUUAUGAAACGAGUAAUUAUAGGCUAGAGAACUGCUGGAUUGAGUAUAUGGAUGGAGAGCCGGCGCGAGAGAUGGUUUACGUUUAAGUUUGUUGGAGACUUUGACAGUCUUAGGGAGGGUCGGUUUGAUUUGAGGGUCUGGUUGGAACGGAUGGGGAGGACUGCAGCACUUGAGAAGUUGGAGGAUAGAGUGAUAAACCAGGGCAUGGAAUUUAGACAUCCGUCGGAUUGAUUUGGUCCCAACUCUGAGUUCUGUGAGCAGGUGGAUUGGUAUUUGACCAUGUCUGUAGCAGUGUUCUCCUUGACUAAGCAAGUUCCAACCAGACCUUUUGCAGUAAUAGUCUGCACGAUAUGAUUGCAUACAAGGUACGAGAGGUA